GGCAGUGAAUCUUGGACAGCAUGACUUAAAUCUACAUGUAUUAAAAUCCAAAUGAUCCAAUUGAUUAAAACUAUUACUAAUCUGUUAAAUCUAUAAACAUUAUUCAGCUAAUGCAAGCAGUUGUGAUAUGCAUAUUGCGGUUUGUACAUUUGCUAGAUUUGAGGAUGCAAUGCAUUUGUCUUAGAGGACGUUCACAUGUCGUGCCUAAAACGUGGCUUUUAAAACCCUUGCUGUUACUCUGCGACAAGAUUUAUCUACGAAGAAAAGUAAAAAAAAAUGCUGCAGUGUUUGGGUGCACUCCAUUCUUCAAAAACACAAAAACCAGCCGAUACAGGAGCUCUGUCUGGACAACAUGAGGUUUUAAAGUUUAUUUCAGAGUGGACACGGACCUGAUUCAUUAUAUUUUAAGAAAACGAAUUAUCUAAGGUAAACGAAUCUGUAACAUACUGCUUAAUAAACGAAAUCUUUGCAUUUUAAUACAACUUGCCUCAUUGCCUUAUUUUUGUAUUUUAAAUCAUUGAUCAGUUCAGUUGUUUUAGAAACAUUCAAAUGUGUUAAUCAACAUUGUAGUUGUUAAUUAAAAAGUUGUAUUUAUAUAUCAGAAUAAUAAUUAGGCUAAAGGUAUGAGCUAGACCAGUGGUUCUCAAACUGGGGUACUGCGAACUGAAUUCUGAGUUUUGGCAUUCAUUUAAUUCUACUUCAACUUACAUGUGCAUUAAAACCGAACAUGUAUUCCUGACAACAGCAAAAUACCGCUUCUAAUGUAAAAACUGUUAAAUGGGAGUGAAUAAACAGUCAGAUACAUGAUAUCCAAUCCGCUCACCUCAUCUUUUGUGGUCAAAACUGCCUGCAUCCACACAAGCAGCGUGCAUAUGAUGUAAAUCCUGCUACUGUUCAAUGCAUCGUUAACGUAGAUCUACACUUAACAGCAUGAAGAGCAAAUAUUGAUACGGACUGAGACUCUCUUAGACUCAAUGCGUGUUAUUGUUUGCAUGUUUAUUGAGAUACAAGCAAGCAUGCAAAUUUCCCUGAACAUCCAAACGAUGGCAGAUGUGCCAUUCAUUUUUACAUAACUUCAGAAUAUUGUCAUGUUUGUUCUAUUUUACAAUAAAAUAAUACUUUAGUUCCAACGAAUUUUAAAGUGCAACUCCAAGUAACAUACAGCGGUGCUUCAACAGUGAACAAAUCUUGUGGAGAGUCAGUGAUUAAUUAACAUUACAGCAGCAUUUUGCUUCGUUACUAGUUCCUCAUAGUCUUGAGGUUCACUUAGAAAGCUCUUCUGGAGUUCAGAGAGGUCUGGCUCUGUCCUUCUCUUCCUCUUUCCCUCUGAGGGACAUCUAGAGACCGGCGUGACUCUGACAGGUGUAGACUGGAUGUUUGCUGAUGCUGCUGGUCGAUGCCAGGGGCUCGGCUCUACAGGAAGUAGGGUCAAGUGAGGUCUAGACCUCUGUUCCUGUAGAUCUGCGUCAUCAAACCAGCCAAAUGGCCGACAAGAACACCAGAAUCGCUAUCGUGAACCACGACAAGUGCAAGCCCAAGAAAUGUCGUCAGGAGUGCAAGAAGAGCUGUCCGGUGGUGCGCAUGGGUAAGCUGUGCAUCGAGGUCACGCCUCAGAGUAAAAUCGUCUGGAUCUCAGAGUCUCUCUGCAUCGGAUGUGGAAUCUGCAUCAAGAAAUGCCCAUUUGGAGCUCUGUCGAUCGUGAACCUGCCAAGCAACCUGGAGAAGGAAACCACACACAGAUACUGUGCCAACUCCUUCAAGCUCCACAGGUUGCCCAUCCCUCGUCCAGGUGAAGUGCUGGGGCUCGUGGGUACUAACGGCAUCGGGAAAUCCACGGCCCUCAAAAUCCUGGCGGGAAAACAGAAACCAAACCUGGGGAGAUUCGAUGCUCCUCCGGACUGGCAGGAGAUCCUCGCAUAUUUCCGUGGCUCCGAGCUGCAGAACUACUUCACCAAGAUCCUGGAGGACGACCUGAAGGCCAUCGUUAAGCCGCAGUAUGUCGAUCAGAUCCCCAAAACCGUUAAGGGGUCAGUAGGCUCCAUCCUGAGCAGGAAGGACGACACCAAGACAGAAGAACUGGUGUGUGAACAGCUGGAUCUGUUGCACUUGCGUGAGCGUAAUGUUGAGGAUCUGUCGGGAGGAGAGCUGCAGAGAUUCGCCUGCGCAGUCGUCUGCAUUCAGAGAGCUGAUAUCUUCAUGUUCGACGAGCCGUCCAGUUACCUGGAUGUGAAACAGAGGCUGAGAGCUGCCAUCACCAUCCGCUCCCUCAUCUCUCCAGACAGGUACAUCAUAGUGGUGGAGCACGACUUGAGUGUGUUGGAUUACCUGUCAGACUUCAUCUGCUGUCUGUACGGCGUUCCCAGCGCGUACGGUGUGGUGACCAUGCCCUUCAGCGUCCGGGAAGGAAUCAAUAUUUUCCUGGACGGCUACGUGCCGACGGAGAACCUGCGCUUCAGGGAGACGUCUCUGGUGUUUAAAGUGGCGGAGACGGCCGCCGAGGAGGAAGUGAAGAAGAUGUGCCGCUAUCAGUACCCCAACAUGAAGAAGAGCAUGGGCGAGUUCACGCUGGGCAUCACAGAAGGAGAGUUCACCGACUCGGAGAUCAUGGUCAUGCUGGGAGAGAACGGAACUGGGAAAACCACGUUCAUCAGGAUGCUUGCAGGAGGCCUCAAACCAGACGGAGGAGGUGAGGUGCCCAUCCUGAACGUGAGCUACAAGCCACAGAAGAUCAGCCCCAAGUUCAAAGGCAGUGUUCGAGCCCUGCUGCACGAGAAGAUCAGAGACGCGUACACACACCCUCAGUUCGUCACGGACGUAAUGAAGCCCAUGCAGAUCGAAAGCAUCAUCGACCAGGACGUCCAGAAUCUGUCUGGUGGUGAGCUGCAGCGUGUGGCUCUGGCUCUGUGUUUAGGAAAGCCUGCGGACGUGUAUCUGAUCGACGAGCCGUCAGCGUAUCUGGACUCCGAGCAGCGUCUGAUGGCUGCCAGGGUCAUCAAACGAUUCAUCCUUCACGCCAAGAAGACAGCGUUUGUGGUGGAGCACGACUUCAUCAUGGCCACUUAUCUGGCGGACCGAGUCAUCGUCUUCGAUGGGAUUCCAUCCAGAAACACUAACGCCAAUGCUCCACAGAACCUGCUGGCUGGCAUGAAUAAGUUUUUAGCGCAGCUGGAGAUCACGUUCAGAAGAGACCCAAACAACUUCAGACCAAGAAUUAACAAACUCAAUUCCAUUAAGGAUGUGGAACAAAAGAAGAGUGGAAACUACUUCUUCCUGGAUGACUGAAGAUUCCAUUUCACAGAAUUCCAGAAGUUUAGCUGCUCAGUAUGACAUCAGACCAGCAAGCACUGCACUGUGAGACUUACACGUUUGACUGAAUUACCAUCAGAACUUCAAACAUACGACUCUGCUCCUCUCCUCAAUGGUGCGAUCCAACUAAGAGACUAGAUGUAUUCUCUGACAUAAAGCCAAACUUGUGAGGAGAGGACAUUAUUUGAAAAUAAAACCUGGAGAGACGUAUGUGUCCGGAUUAAUUAUCGUUAACAACUGCAGAUCUUUCUCGUCACAAAGUGAUGCGAACCAAUUUACACACGCCAAACAUGCAACUGUAUAUUUUGAAUAAAAUAUUUUAAUCAUGUUACAUGAUGUGUUAGAUUAUAUUAAAUAAUCUCAUUAUUGCAUUCUUGUGAAGAUGCAGUUAGAAGCGGUUCAAUAUUAAAAUGCACUAGGACCAGCUACACAAAAUCUGUUGUCAGUGAUAUUGAGUGACGCGUCUCUGCAGUGAGAUUGUUUUGGAAUAAACUGACUUUAAAUGGAAA